GGCGCCGCCACAGCCUGUCGGCCCCCGUCCGCAAGCCGGCCGGGCCGGGGCCGGAUGUGACGUCACGCACCACUUCCGGCGCGGGCGACGCAGGCUGCGCGGCGGGCUUGGCUGGCUUGGCGGGCUGGCCCCGGGCGCGGCGCCUGCGGAGAACACAUUGUGAUGUUGUCGCAGAGCCAAGACUAUGAGUGAGUUUCGGAUUCACCAUGACGUCAACGAGCUGCUCAGCCUGCUGCGGGUCCGCGGGGGUGAUGGGGCCGAGGUCUACAUUGACCUGCUGCAGAAGAACAGGACCCCGUAUGUCACAACCACUGUGUCUGCACACAGUGCCAAGGUUAAAAUAGCAGAGUUUUCUCGUACUCCUGAGGACUUCCUGAAGAAAUACGAUGAACUGAAAUCAAAGAACACCAGGAACCUUGACCCCCUGGUGUACCUGCUGUCGAAGCUCACGGAGGACAGAGAGACUCUGCAGUACUUACAGCAGAAUGCCAGGGAGAGGGCAGAGCUCGCAGCAAGCACCGCCACCAGUGGCACCACCAACUUCAAUGCCCCAGUCACGGCCUCUAAGAUCUCCAUGCAGGAGCUGGAGGAGCUGAGGAAGCAGCUGGGCAGCGUGGCCACGGGCCCCACGUGGCAGCAGUCUCUGGAACUCACAAGAAAGAUGCUUCGAGACAAGCAGAACAGGAAGAAUUUGGGCCAACACCUCCCAGUCUUCCCGGCCUGGGUGUAUGAGAGACCCACGCUUCUCGGGGACUUCCUGGCGGGCUCGGGUGUGAGCACAGAUGCAGCUGUGCCUAUAGGCACGCUGCCCCUGACCUCCCAGGAGUCAGCCGUCGUGGAAGACCUGCUGUAUGUGCUGGUGGGCGUGGACGGCAGGUACAUCACCGCCCAGCCCCUCACCGGGAGGCAGAGCCGCACCUUCCUCGUGGACCCCAACCUGGACCUGUCCAUCAGGGAGCUGGUGAACAGGAUCCUCCCAGUGGCCGCCAGUUACUCCACCGUGACAAGAUUCAUUGAAGAGAAGUCUUCCUUCGAGUAUGGGCAGGUGAACCACGCCUUGGCGGCUGCCAUGAGAACACUGGUGAAGGAGUACCUGAUCCUGGUCACGCAGCUGGAGCAGCUGCAGAGGCAGGGUCUCCUGUCCCUUCAGAAGCUCUGGUUCUAUGUCCAGCCAGCCAUGCGCACCGUGGACAUCCUGGCCUCCCUGGCCACCUCGGUGGAUAAAGGCGAGUGUGUCGGGGGGUCGACCCUGAGCCUCCUGCAUGACCGGAGCUUCAGCUACACAGGCGACAGCCAGGCGCAGGAGCUGUGUCUGUACCUCACCAAGGCCGCCAGCGUGCCCUACUUUGAAAUCCUGGAGAAGUGGAUCUACCGAGGUGUCAUCAAUGACCCGUACAGUGAGGUUGGCAGGAGCACCUCCCCUUGCAGCAGAGAAAUCCCCGCACCGAGGCCGGGCUGGACGGCGGCCUCUGCUGUGCUGCUUGGCUGUGCACAGCCCCGCAGCCAGCAGGCCCCUGUGCUCUGCAGCGAGUUCAUGGUGGAAGAGCACGAGCUGCAGAAGGAGAAGAUCCAAGAGGACUACAACGACAAGUACUGGGACCAGCGGUACACUGUGGUGCAGCGCCAGAUCCCCUCCUUCCUGCAGAAGAUGGCGGGCAAGGUCCUCAGCACAGGAAAAUACCUAAAUGUGGUCAGAGAGUGUGGUCACGAUGUCACCUGCCCAGUGGCCAAGGAGGUCAUCUACACGCUGAAGGAGCGGGCAUAUGUGGAGCAGAUCGAGAAGGCCUUCAACUAUGCCAGCAAGGUGCUGCUGGACUUCCUGAUGGAGGAGAAGGAGCUCGUAGCUCACCUGAGGUCCAUCAAGCGCUACUUCCUGAUGGACCAAGGCGACUUCUUCGUGCACUUCAUGGACCUGACGGAGGAGGAGUUGAAGAAGCCGGUGGACGACAUCACGCCCACCCGCCUGGAGGCGCUGCUGGAGCUGGCCCUGCGCAUGAGCACCGCCAACACUGACCCCUUCAAAGAUGACCUCAAGAUUGACCUGAUGCCUCAUGACCUCAUCACCCAGCUUCUGCGGGUUCUGGCCAUCGAGACCAAGCAGGAGAAGGCCAUGGUCCAUGCCGACCCCACUGAGCUCUCGCUGACCGGCCUGGAGGCCUUCUCCUUCGACUACGUGGUGAAGUGGCCCCUGUCUCUGAUCAUCAACAGGAAGGCCCUGACGCGCUAUCAGAUGCUCUUCAGACACAUGUUCUACUGCAAGCACGUGGAGCGGCAGCUCUGCAACGUUUGGAUCAGCAACAAAGCCGCCAAGCAAUGCUCUCUGCACUCUGCCAAGUGGUUCGCUGGUGCCUUCACGCUGCGGCAGCGGAUGCUCAACUUCGUCCAGAACAUCCAGUACUACAUGAUGUUCGAGGUGAUGGAGCCGACCUGGCACGUCCUGGAGAAAAACCUGAAGUCCGCCUCCAACAUCGACGAUGUGCUGGGGCACCACGCGGGCUUCCUGGACAGCUGUCUGAAGGACUGCAUGCUGACCACCCCCGCGCUGCUCAGGGCCUUCUCCAAGCUCAUGUCCGUGUGCGUCAUGUUCACCAACUGCAUGCAGAGAUUCACGCAGAGCAUGAAGGUGGACAGUGAGCUGGGCGGCCUGGCGCUGGAGCGCAGCGCGGUGCCGGGGCCGCCCGUGGAGGAGGCUGAGCACCCAGAGGAGCGCGCCCGCAGGGAGCUUGCCCGCAAGUGCCUGGCCGAGCAUGUGGACACGCCGCAGCUGGCCUCCAGCUUCGAGGCCACCAUCAGUAAGUUUGACCAGAAUUUCUCGGCCCAUCUGCUGGACCUCCUGGCCCAGCUGAGCCUCUACAGCACCAGUGACUGCGAGCACGGCAUGGCCAGCGUCAUCUCCAGGCUCGACUUCAACGGCUUCUACACCGAGCGGCUGGAGCGCCUGUCCGCAGAGAGGAGCCAGAAGGCGGCCCCCGCAGCGCCCUUGCCACGGGGGCCCCCGGCUCCAACGCCCAGGAUCGCGGUCACUGCGCAGUGAGGCCAGCCGCAGCACCACAGCCCCAGUGGCGUGAGCGAAUGGGUUUGGAGGUUUUCCCCAGACGUUCCUGGGUCGCAUGUGCCCCGGGUUCUGCUUAAACAUAAAGCCUGCAGUCACCUGCGCUCAGCUCCCAUCUCUUGGUUCACAAUCCCAGACAGAGGUCUGCUCUCCUGCGUGCUCUCCUGAGUUGAAGUCACCCUGAAGAGUGUGUUGGUCUCAAAUAAGAUAAAGUAAAAACACAUGGCUUUUGGGCAACAUCAGGACAGUCACCAAGAUGCCAUGUGGGGGAGGUGUGGGCCUUGUGUCCCCACCUGUCGGUGUGACUGGGGGAUGGGCUCCCGGGGUCAGCCUGGCCCCUCCAGCCGGCUGGCUUGCUCCAGGCAGCAGAGGGCAGCAUGGCCCACGCCCUGUAGCGGGAACCGCCUGGGUGCAUCUCCCAGGUGCCCGCAGAGCAGAGGAAGAGCUACCCUGCUGCGGCUGAGGCCCAGGCCCCCGUCCAUUAGGCCCAGCCGUGUCCGGCCCCCUCGACGGGCAGUAGGGGGAAUGGCCAGUCCCAGUGUGACCUGCCUUGAACAUCUAUGUGCUCCGCUCCCAGCCAAGCUGCCCCUUCCUGCUGAAUUCCACGUACGUUAUUUUCAAAAUUCACUUCGGACCCCUGCUCUGUCCAGGUGGACCCUGGGCAGAUGAGGUGGCAUGACGGGGUUCUCCCAGGGAGGGGGGCACCCCUCCCUGAGUGGCUGGACUCCUGCCACAGGCUGCUUCCUCUUUUAAGCUACAGUGUGGGCAAGUAUGACCUGUGCGUAAACAAGUUUACAACCCCAGUUGCCACAGUCCUGGCUUGUGCAACACGGGGGCUGACCAGAGCCAGCUGCUGGCCCUCCUGCCCAGCCCCGAGGCCCAGACCCCGGGGUCCCUGUCCCCAGACACCUCCAGUUGCAGGUGGUGGUGGCGGAGGGGCGCAUCCUGGAGGCUGGGUGGGGGGGGUCCUUGUGAUGAGGGAGGUCCUGGCUGCCAUUGCCGAGUCCCUGUUAGUUAGCUGCGCAUUGUGGUCAGUGCACAGUCCCAGUGGCUGGUGUUUUUGCCCAAAUAGGGACAUGCUGCCUUUGAACUUCUGCUAUCAGAUGACGUGCAGUGUGUGACCAAAGAAGAGAAGUAAACUUGUCAGGGA